AACCGGAACUAUUAUCCGCACUACUGUGUUCCACCGUAGGAAAUAAAAUAUUGUUACACCCACAGAAGACAACUUUUAAAAAAUUUACCGAAGAUAAUCAAUUCUGGUUAAACUAUUGUCCUCUAGUACAGGCUGUCACUCGGAGAGCAAUGGGGGUACACGGGCUGUGGAAGUUGCUUGAGACCACCGGGAAGCCCAUCAACCCCGAGACGCUCGAGGGCAAGAUCCUGGCUGUCGACAUCAGUAUCUGGUUGAACCAGGCAGUGAAGGGUGUGAGAGACAGGGAGGGUAACAGUGUUCAGAACGCCCACCUCCUCACCCUGUUCCAUCGUCUCUGUAAAUUGCUCUUUUUCCGCAUCAGACCUGUCUUCGUGUUCGAUGGAGACGCUCCUCUGAUCAAGAAACAGACCCUGGCCAUCAGAAGACAGAGAAAGGAGGAGAAGACUAUGGAGUCCAAACAGACCAAUGACAAACUCCUCAAGACCUUCCUGAAGAGACAAGCCAUCAAAGCUGCUCUGGGAGAGAGGAGUCAGGAUCAUCUGCCCAGCCUGUCUGCUGUGAGGAGAGAGGAGGACAUGUUCAUGCUGCCUGCCCUGCCAGCCCAGGAGGAGGAGAGAGAGAGGAGCAGCUCAGAGGAGGAGGAGCAGGAGGAGGAGGACAGCCGUCACAUCUACCAGGGGGAUUUCUAUGAAGACUCUAACUCUGUGGACAUAAACUCUGAGGAGUUUUCUGCCAUGCCUCCUGAGGUGAAACAUGAGAUCCUUAAAGACAUGAAGGAAUUCAGCAAGAGACGACGCACCAUGUACCACACACCUCCUGAGCGGUCAGGGGACUUCUCCCAGUACCAGCUAGCAGGGCUGCUGCAGAGGAACAAGCUGAACGUGCGUCUGGAGGGGGUGGAGAGAGAGAUGUCCAACCGUAGUGCUGGGAACGCCCCGGGGGUGGAGCUAUACAACCAGGGGGAGGGGCACAGUGUGGAGACACGACGCCUCCUCUCAGAAGACUCCACCCACUACAUCCUCAUCAAAGGUCCGAAGAAGACCGACAACAGUGAGAGGGUGCCAGACAUCCAGCCUGCGGCCUCUCCCUGGUUGGGUGGUCCCCUGUCAGGGAGGGUUAGGACGGGGGGAGGGGAGAGACCUGAGCCCCUUUGGAGACCCAUCUCAGAGGAGGAGAGCCUGGAGGAGGGCCCCUCAUCAUCGUCUAAACAUCCCCAGGACCCGAACCCGAUCCUGGGGGAUACAGCACCCAUCUCCCCCCGGACACUGAAGGCCAUCCAGGCUGCCAUGGAUAGCAGCUUCUCAGACGAGGAGGAGGAGGAUAGCUCCUGGGGUAGGGGAGGGAGUAGGGCUGAGGAGGAGGAGGAGGGGGGUGGCAGUGUGUCUCCUCGUACCCUCCUGGCCAUUCAGCGAGCCACGGGAGAAGAGUUGGACGUAGGCCUGUCCCCAUACGCCACCAUGAUUGGCAGUUCUCCUGUUAAGCCCCACCCUCCCAGUCCUCUGCGUCCUGCGAACCGACUGUUCGUCAUCAGCAGCUCAGAGGAGGAGACUGAAGGGAAGGACACUCCCCUGAGGACAACUCUGACCAAUGAGGACAUGCUUGGGGUGGAGAAGGGGGAUGAGCAACAGUCGCCCCUCCCCCUUCGCCUCCCCAUUCCUCCUGCGGACAGGGUGCUCCUCAGCAUGGAGGAGGAAACCGUCACCAGGAGGAGCAGCGAGGAGGAGAUUCUGAGGAGGAACAGAGAGGAGUUAGAGCAAGCCAUCGACAACAGGAACAGAGCUUUCCGCUCUGCAGUGGGUCAGGGGGACAGUUUGGGUCAGGCUCUCUGUGUUAUUCCCCCAUCAGGCCUUGGUCUAAACAGAGAGGAGGAGACUGGGAGGAGCAGCCUAGUGACUGGGCCUUUACCUCCAUCGCAGGAGGAGAGGAAUGGACAGAACACCGGGGAGGAGAGGAAUGGACAGAACACCGGGGAGGAGAGGAAUGGACAGAUUCUGAAGAUGGAGGACGGCAAGGAGCACAGUGAGGACAGUGAUUCAGAGAGCUUCGUUGAUGUGUCUGAGGGGGAGGAGCUAAAGGAGGAGGAGACAGAUGAUUCGCUGAUAGAGGUUGUGGGCGGUACUCCAGCUAAGGCACAAGAAGACGUGGCCAAGAAGGAGGAAGAGGAAGAGGCUUUAAGUAGCAGAGCUAUCCCUUUGGAAGAGAGGGAGGAGGAGGAGCCCCAGCCUCCCACAGAGCCCAGCCCAGCUCCUCCUGCCCCAGCGUCUUUUCCUCUACUCAACGAGUGGGAAGACAUCAACGUGGAUGAGCUGGUGGCGCUAGAGAGCAGUCUUGGAGAGCAGCAGUCCAGGCUGAGGGAACAGAAGCAGCAACAGGAACGCAUCGCUGCCACGGUUACCGGACAGAUGUGUCUGGAGAGCCAGGAGCUGCUGAGGUUGUUUGGCGUACCCUUCCUGGUGGCUCCCGGUGAGGCCGAGGCCCAGUGUGCAGCCCUGGACCGGACCGACCAGACCCACGGAACAAUCACCGAUGACAGCGACGUAUGGCUGUUCGGAGGACGACACGUCUACAAGAACUUCUUCAGCCAGAACAAAUACCUAGAAUACUACCAGUACGUAGACCUACAGAACCAACUGGGCGUGGACCGUACCAAGCUGAUUAACCUGGCCUACCUGCUGGGUAGUGACUAUACGGAGGGAGUCCCGGGGGUGGGCUAUGUGACGGGCAUGGAGAUACUCAACGAGUUCCCUGGACCUGGCACGGAACCAGUCAGCAUGUUCAGUGAGUGGUGGUCCUUGGCCCAGCAGCAGCAACGUCUGACCUCUGACCCCCGUGACUCCAAGGUCAAGAGGAAACUGAGAGGGCUUCAGCUGCGGCCGGGCUUCCCCAACCCUGCUGUGGCGACUGCCUACCUGCAGCCCAGCGUCGACCUAUCAGAAAGCUCCUUUAGCUGGGGCCGCCCACACCUCGACCUCCUCAAGGAGUUCUGUGAGAGUCGUUUUGGUUGGAACAGCAGGAAGACAGAAGAGACUCUACAUCCUGUUAUCAAACAGCUCAACACACAACAGACCCAGCUGCGUAUCGACUCGUUCUUCCGUCUGGAGCAGCAGGAGAGACAGGCCAUCAAGAGCCAGCGCCUCCGCCGGGCUGUCACCUGUAUAAAGAGGAAAGAGAGGGAGGACGGAGGGAGGGAGGAGAGGGAGGACGGAGGGAGGGAGGAGAGGGAGGACGGAGGGAGGGAAGAGAGGGAGGACGGAGGGAGGGAAGAGGAAGAAGAGGGGACUGGCUCUCCAUCCAAGGCUAAAAGAGGGAAGGGGUCAGAGCCAAAGCAGAGGAAGGGAGAGGUGGAGGGGACAGGGGGGUUCCUGGGGGUAGAGGUCAGUAAGCCUGCUCAAGAGGAUGUGGGAAGAGCCAACCAUGAUGUGGGAGUGGCCAGCCAAGAAAGAGAGAAAGUAGGAGUGGUUAGUCAGAAUAUGGGAGGGGCCAACCUGGCUGUGGGAGGAGCCAGCCAGCAGAGGAAAGAAGUGCUUCCUCCUCCUAAUAAUGGAGUACCUCAACCUAAACUCCUCCCUAAUAGGACGGAGCAGAAUGACAGCAGCAGUUCCGGGGACGACAGUGACGGUGACAGCGGGGUCGCCAUGGUAACGGCCCAGUCAGUGUUUAGGGGCCAACCGAGAGGUGGGAGGGGGGGUAAGAGAGGAAGGCAGCAGGAAGGGAUGCCUCAGAGAGACAGCAUCGUUCUUUAA